GAAAGACGUUUCAUAGGAGUCUACAGCCUGUUCGAAAUCUGCCUGGCGCCUGAGCCGCCACCCGCCUGGAUGGCAGCAGUGGCACGGCUGGUGCCGGUCAACUCCGGCCUGGAACUGCCUGAGCCUGAACUGGAAGGUCGGUGGGCCACAGGCGACGAGGGCUGCGGUGGCGUCGUGGCGGCGAUCCGCGAACUCUCCGUGGCAGAGGCCAACGAACUCGCCUGUAACCUCGUCUGCCGCAUCCCGGCUGACUGCAUCGACUCCUGCUCUCUACAGGGAUGGAACGACACGGAGUGGAACGUGAAAUCGCUGACAGCUGAUCACGUACGGCGUCCCGUCCUCUCCCAGUUAGUGAACGCCGUUCAGCGCAUCACAACUGCCAUAGUCGCUAGAAGAAGAUGUGAUGACUAUGAAUACAUCCAUUUUGGUGCGGACACAUCCAACAGAACAGCACUCAGGGCCAAGGUACAGGUUCGCCUGGAAUCCUUCUCCACCUACUGGCGAGACACUGCGCAGCUGCUCUCACUUGGUGUUACAUACAUUUCUCAACUGUUCAUUCCACUCGCAUUCGAACACAUGGGUAACCACACGACUGAUCAGCAACUCCAUGAAUGGGUUAAGAACAUGAAACAUUUGAGAAACAUACUUGACACGAAAUUGAGCGGUUGGAUACAUGACGUACAAGCUGUCAGCGAGCUGAUAAUGAACUACAAGAUACCUGUAGAAGAGAAAGACCAGCCUGGGAAGUAUGUAUUCAGGGAACCACGUUUGUAUAAUGACGUACUGGACUAUCACGAACAACAGCUCUUCCUACGUGACAACUUCAGCGCGCUGUGUGAGAACCAACAACCACAGGCAUCUCAAAUGUUCGGCCUCGCCGACGCUCUGUACUCCGUCUACCGUUCCUUCAGAUUCAACACUCUACAGGCAUUACCUUACGCCAUAACGAAUACAAUAGGUGAAGAGUGGCAGCUCGAGGACAAAAGCAGCGCCACUCUCAACGUGGACACUGACUGCAUGCAGCUGUUGGCGAACGCGCUGGACCACCCCACGUGUCCACUGGAGGACCUGCCACCAGAAACCAUCAAGCAGCGCCAGCAGUGUCGCGUGCAGCUGUGGGACGACAUGGCGCAGAGAUGGCCCCACAUACCUGUCACCAGCUACCUGGCCUACACGCAGAGGGCGAACGUCAACCUAUGUCUACUCGCUUGGAUGACAGUCAACUCGUUCAGCAUUUGUCAGGAUGUCCCCUUUAGUAUCACACAGUCAGUGCAUGAUGCUCGCUGCUAUUUUGAUACUCCUGACAACGAAUCGUGUCUGGAAUCGAAGGUUACAGAUGCGAUCUGCUCCGUUUCCAGAGCUAUUCUAUUGCAGAAGUGUCACGAUUUUUAUUCCUCUGAGCGUGUCGAGGAUUGCAGUGUAGGCCUAGUACUUGAAACAAAAGAUCGAUAUGGAUCACUGAAAUAUACAUCUUACGAAGAAGGAAGGCCAACGGGAACAACACUGAACUACAAAGACAGUUUGAACAGAGCCACCUUGAAAUACAAGAAUUUUAAAAUCGAUUUUUUAAAACCUUUAGAAAUCUCGUUCAUAGCAGUAAAUUUUUUUUUCCGCUUUUUGACUGCCGCAGUAUACGUGUACCUUCCCGUUUUACGUAAUUUACCUGGGAAAAUAUUCUUGUCCUUUCAGAUCACAGGUAUCAUCCAGAUCUUGUGUUCAGAGGUCGUGUAUCGUAUGACAGGUGUCCUCGACUUACCUACAAUCGUACUGAUUGAUAGCUCCCUCACGCUUCUCAGCUGUAUCUGGCUAAACACAUUCUGUUACCAAAUGUACGCUUGCGUUCGUCAUCUGAGACUUCCUAACGAUCUUCUACCUGCUGAGGCAAGCGAAGUAUUCCGUCGUCAGGUGUUCUAUGCACUAAUGCCUUGGAUUAUAGCAUGCACAGUAUGUACUGCAUUUGAAAAAUCAAACAAUUAUUACUUGAUCCACAGUCGAAUAAUAUUUCUCGUGUGUAUUUCGCUGUCAGUAGCUUUCAAUUUGCUUUGUCUAGGACUGGCGGGGUACUUGUUUAUCCGAACUCGGAACUCCUUGCAGCAACUCAAAAUAUCUACAAACAAUAAAUUUGCCUCAAAGAAACAACUUGUUUUUAUGUCAGUUAAGGCUGUUAUUUUAAGCGGAAUAGGUAUAAUAAUUAGAAUUGGGCUCCACCAGGCAGAAGGUAUUGCACAGCUUGUGUACUAUGUUCAUAUAGCUACGAUGGUUCAGGGACCACUGCUGUUCGUUUUUUUCAUUUGCAACGAGUCAACGCUCCCUGUACUCAGGAACAGAUUAUUGGCAGUUUGGUAUCCGGACAUCAUCGUUCCCGGGCAGGAGCUCUGUUCGUCGGCAGAGCGAAAUCUGGCAAACAGAAUCAACGUACAGUUUCCGACAGCGGAAAUUUCACUGUAAUCCCCACGAAUAAAGGUUUGUCUUCAUUGUAGAUGUGACCAGCCGUAAAGGUUGAAUCUAGCUGAUGCGUCAGUAUGAACUGGAACCGAUAUCGUACAGCAAGUGCCUCAGUUUUCUCAUUUGUUAAUUAUACGUAAACAGGGGCUUAUUUGUACAUACUCGUGUCUGCCCAAAGAUUUUAAUGCACUGAGAUUAAGUAGUUACUAAAACUGAGUCUGAAUAAAAAUAAGAGGUAAGGUUUUGCCCCACUUCUUGUACCCAACCAUAUGACGAAUUAUUGACAGGAAUUUUUUAUGUUACACUUCUAAUAGGACAGUCCGAGAUUCGAUCUUCGACUGUUCCUCAGAACUAUAUUUUUAUGGAAAUUUUGCAGGACUUUCUUCUCCAUCAGUGCUUCGUUUACAUGAUAAUUAUUGUAACACCUUAAAAUCUAUGUUGAGAUGGAAUUUUUGAUUGUGUCUUUAACUUUUUAUAUAUCCUUUUCAUUAAAAUUGUUGAUGUUAUCUUAAAUAUGUAAAUUUUACAUAUCUGUGCAAAAAUUGUACAUGCGUAUG